AUGCCCCUCCCCCGUCGACUACCCUUUUCGCCACACAUCCGCCCACUACACGCUGUCACGUACUUGCUUGGUGUUUCCCUGUUCUCAAUCUCCUUUCUCGUCUUCCUGAAUGCCACGCUCUCCUUCGUGCUAACCGAUCUCCUCCACAAGCGCUCGCAUCUCGGCGACAUUGUCGGCACCCUCGGUUUCGUCGAUGAACUCGUCGCUAUCUUCGCCGCUCCGUUCUGGGGUGCCAUGUCUGAUGGGAGGCUCGGCACUCGCGGGGUAGUAGUGCUCUGCUACUGGAUUGUUGCCGGCUCGCUUGUGCUAUUUGUCAACGUCCCGACCGUCUACCCCGGGUUAUUGCUCGCCAGAAUGGUAUUCUCGGUUGGUGCGGCUGGCGUCGCGACGAUGGUCUCUGCGAUUCUACCCGAGAUGACAGUCGCAGAGGAUAACGCCGCGCCCAGGAGAAUCAUAGUCACACCGCCGAGCGAGAGUUCGCGUGCGCCGGUCGUUCGCGAGGCAGAUACCCCGCUGGCGCAGUUUGGUGGGAAACUUGCCGGGCUGGUGGGAUUAUUUACCGGGUGUGGAGCGUUGCUCGCGCUCCUGGUAUUCCUUCGGCUGCCCACUCGAUUCGCCCAAUACGGUCCUGAGGAGGCGGUUCGACGGACGUUUUACACGGUCGCUGCGGUCGCCACGGGGGUUGGGAUCUGGUGCCUUUUCGGCUUGCCAGGACGCGGAAAGGGAGCUGGUCAUAUGAGCUUUAGGAGGUAUAUAUACAGCGCGAGAGUGUGGAUUUGGAUUAAAAUCUGGGGCGGAUCUCCAGAAGCGUUGCCUUCCGGCGGCGGCUUGAGGUCACUGAAAACUGCAUUCAAAGCCGGUCUUACAGACACCCGUCUCUCGCUUUCUUACCUAGCCGGAUUCGUCGCCCGUGCAACAUCAGUCGGAAUAUCACUCUUCAUCCCCCUCUUCGUAAACGCAUACUUUAUCCAUCAAGGCCUCUGCCCCCCUUCAACGCCCCCCUCGCCAGCCCCGCAAACCUGCAGGCAAGCUUACAUACUCGCCGCAAAGCUCACGGGCACAACACAGCUAACCGCACUCUUGCUCGCUCCCGCGUUCGGUUUUUGGGCCGAUCAUGCGGCGGCAAGGGGUCGGCGGAAUACUCCAUUGGUGGUGUCGGCGUUCCUAGGCGUCGUCGGCUUCACCGGCUUCGGAACGUUAAUAUCCCCAGAGCCACGGGAGAAUCCCAUGGUCUGGGUAUACGCUGUAUUAAUGGGUGCGGCACAGAUUGGUGGGAUCGUAUGUUCUCUUGGGUUGCUCGCCCGUGCCGUCUCCGCUUACCACGCAGAGGGGGAGGAGGAAGAGGAGCAGCAGCCACUACUCCCUGGAGUUGGGACCCCUAGGGUUCGUGAUAGACUAUACGCCAAGGGCGGUAUAGCAGGCGUGUACAGUCUUUCUGGAGGGGUUGGGAUCCUCGCGCUCACAAAACUGGGCGGGUGGGGAUUUGAUGGUAUUGGAAGCGGAUGGCCGUUCUGGUUACUCGCUGGAUUCGAAGGCGUUUUGGUACUCGGUGGUGUGCUCGAGGAGAUUUUCGGAUCCGAGGUGGGUGGGCAAAGGUAG